AUCUUUUCUCUCACAAAAUCUUAAAAUAAAAUAAAAUCUUUUAUUUAGUUCCUAAAAUAAAAUCCUCAAGCACUUUUGUAGAAUUCACGGAGCACAUUAAUCUUUUACAAAUUAGGAAUGGAACAAAUGGCAUGCACUUGGAAAAUAAAAAGUACUCUUGCUUCCUUCUUUUCUCUCUCACGAAAACAAAAAGAGGGCUAAAACAGUGUUUCUUAAUUUGCAUACUUUCUCCUUUUAUUCGCUUCCUCUCAGAAGAAAGCAAUGGCAGAGCUCCUUCUUUCUGCAUUCCUUGAAGUGUUGUUUGAUCGAGUGGCUUCUCCAGAGUUGCUGAAAUUUGCUCAUCGAGAGGGACUUCGAAAACAGCUAGACAAGUGGCGUGAAACCAUGGAAAGAAUUCGAGAGGUGCUUGAUGAUGCAGAGGAGAAGCAAUAGGCUAAAAAGACGGUGAAAGCUUGGCUUGAUGAUCUCAGAGACUUGGCAUACGACGUGGAAGAUAUACUGGAUGAGUUCACCACAGAAGCUUUGCAACGCAAGUUGAUGGCCUGUGAAAGUCAGGCUAGCGCUAGUAUGGUACAAAAUCUCGUCCCUGCUUGUUUUACUUGUUUAACUCCAAGUGCUGUUAAGAUCAAGUUUAGGUUGGAGUCAAAGAUAGAGAAAAUAAAUACAAGAUUUAAUGAUCUCAUGACACAAAAAGAUCAACUUAAUUUGAAGGAAAAUGUUAGUCUGAGGCCAAACAAAAGAAGAGAGAGACCACCCUCAACUUCCGUGGUGACCAAAGGUCACAUAUACGGUAGGGAGGAAGUCACAAGAGCUAUACUACAAUUAUUGGUCAGUGAAAAGCAUAGUGAUGCUAUGAAUAAAGUACCCAAUGUGAUUCCUAUCAUUGGCAUGGGGGGCAUCGGAAAGACAACAUUGGCCCAAAUGGUAUACAAUCAUAAAAAAGUUGAGAGCUUUUUUGAACUGAAAGCAUGGGCUUGUGUUUCAGAAGAUUUUGAUGUUGCUGCAGUUACAAAAACAAUUUUACAGUCUUUGACCUCGGAAAAUUGUGAUGACAAAGAUCUAAAUUUGUUGCAAGUCAAACUGAAGGAGAAACUACUUGGAAAAAGGUUUUUAGUAAUUCUUGAUGAUGUUUGGAAUGAGAACUACAAUGAUUGGACUCUUCUACGUGCUCCUUUUGAAGCAGGGGCUCCAAGAAGUAGCAUUAUUGUCACAACUCGUAUCCAGAAAGUCUCGUCACUAAUGCGAAACAAGGAAGUUGAGCCUUUUCAAUUGGGGGAGUUGUCAAAUGAAGCUUGUUUGUCCAUAUUUACCCAACAUGCAUUGGAUGCAAAAGACUUUAGUGCGCAUCCAAACCUUAAAGAUAUUGGUGAGGAACUCGUUAGAAGGUGUAAAGGCUUACCAUUGGCUGUAAAAACUAUGGGAGGAGUCUUGCGCAGUAAAAAUGAAGACCGCAAUGAGUGGGAAAAAGUUUUGAAGAAUAAGAUAUGGGAUAUUUCAGUGGAAGAAAGUGGAAUUGUUCCUGCUCUUAUGUUAAGUUAUCACCAUCUACCUUCACAUUUGAAGAGGUGCUUUGCUUACUGUUCAAUACUACCAAAGGACUAUGAAUUUGAGGAGAAGGAGGUGGUUCUAUUAUGGAUGGCAGAAGGUUUGAUUCAACCCCUACAAGAUGAAGAGGAAAUGGAAGAUUUGGGUUUCGAAUAUUUUCGCAGUCUGUUGUCAAGGUCAUUUUUCCAACAGUCACGUAUUAAUGAAUCACAAUUUGUGAUGCAUGACCUCAUCAAUGAUUUGGCUCAGUCGGUUGCAAGCGAUACAUGCUUUAGAAUGGAAGACGGGGUUGGAGGUAAUAUGCAUGAGAAUAUUCCUAUAAAGGCACGCCAUUCAUCUUAUUUGGGAAGCAAAUUUGAUGUAACUAAAAAGUUUGAGGUUUUUCAAAAUUCACAAGUUUACGUACAUUCUUACCUCUCAUGCUACCAGAUCCAGGUUAUUGCUAUUUGGCUCAUCAUGUUCCUUUUGAAUUGGUUCCAACAUUAUAUUGUUUAAGAGAGUUAUCUUUCAACGGAUACUGCAAAAUAGAGCUACCAGAUUCUAUUGGUGAUUUGAAGCAUCUGCGGUACCUUAACCUUUCAGAAACUCGAAUAAGACUCCUGCCAGAAUCAAUAACUAGUCUUUACAACUUACAAACAUUGUUGUUGGAGAACUGUAUUCGUCUAAAGAAAUUACCUUUAAUGUUUCGAAACUUGGUCAACCUGCGCCACCUCAACAUUGAAGGUGCAGAUAGUUUGGAAG